UGCUUCAUGAAUUUUCGUGGGCCGAUGCUUUGGAGUUUUUAUUUGCGAUUUAGUAAAGAUUUACAGGUUGCUUCAUCGGCGUUAUUAUGGGGUAAAUAGUCGUACGACCUAAUCUUGUUUGCUUUCCGAAGAGCAAAUACACAUUGGAAUUUGAAAAUGAUGAUAAAUACAGCUCUAAAUCCUCAUUGUAUUCAAAGUGCUCAGAAUUAUUAGAAAUACAAACUCAAUAAUCUCUAAACCGAUAAGAUGAAACAAUUAAUAUUGUUAAUUAUUAUCACCUUAUUUCAUGGUGCCUUAGCAAUUAACUAUGAAGAACUACUUAAAGACUUGCCUGACCCUAGAAUCUUUGGGGCCGAUGGCGUCAUCACUUGGAAUCAGACUUUCUUAGAUGAACAUGAUGCUCCUGAUAAUAUUCAAGUACGUGAUUUCCCUAAUCAAGAUGUAAUUCAGAUGCAUGAAUUAGAUAUUUGUUUCAACAGCACACGUAUGGUGGGUAUUGAUUUAACUAUGGGAGAUGAGAGCAAGCAUUGCAUAACUUAUCUAGGUUUAUCAAAUGAAAAUGCAGACGAACUUAAUCUGUUGGCAAAUUACAUAUCCAGUGGAAAUAUUGAAAAAGAUAUUAUUAUAUGGAUACAGGCUCUAUAUGGCUAUCCUUGGCCAACAAAGAUAAAUCAGUUUUUGGACUGGUUAGACUAUUUGGACGAGUUAUCAGUGAUUCAAGAUUUAGAUAUUGGGAAACUAAAGCAAAGCUUAAGAAAGGAAGCUGUGCAACUAUUUGGUAACGAUGAAGUGGAGAGAUGGAUAACAAAGCGUUGGGGAUUUAAAUGCAAGUCAUCAAAUGCUCUAGUUUCUUCUGCUUGUGCGGGAUUUGCCUACUACUUGUAUAAUUAUUCUGGUCGUACUAAAAUGGAAAAUUCUAGAAACAUUUGUUCAACUGGAAAUCAAGGUCCGUGUUGUUUAUCUUGGUCUAAGUCUGAGGCAUGGAGCAUAGGUGGUAUAGGAUAUGCAUACGAUUAAGACUGAAUUUACAUAUUUUAGUUAUAAACUUAUAUAUUGUAGAAACACUAGCUUUUACAUUGUCAAAAGCAAUUCUAAGACUUUCUAGCAUGAAAUCAACGGUUAUAGUGGCAUCUUCUUCAAUCAGCCUUUUUAAGUAUUCCCUAUGUUCUUCGGAAAG